CCGCCGCGGCCCAUAUAGGGGCGGCCCGGGGCCGGUCGGCACUCGUGGCGGACGGGACUGCGGGCUGUUCCCUUCCCUUCGGCGGCUGCUGUCCCAGGCUGACGCAGGCUGUUCCGGAGAGGAGCCGUUUCUCCUCGUCGCGCCGCUGCCAUGGCCUCUGUGCCCUCCGCCGGCUGCCUCCUGGCUAAGAACCAGUACUACAGAACAAGACAGAACUCGGAAUCCAGUGUUUCUUCCAGCUCCUCCUGCUGCUCGGAUGCUGUGAACGUUACAGACCAGGACAAAUCGUUUCAUGGGUUACCUGAGUUAAUUGAUAAAUGUUGGUGGAUAAAAAGCUUUUUCCAUAGUGAACCCUCUCCACCAGCUGUUGGCAGAAAAACACUAUCAGCAAGCAGCACCAACAGUUGAAGAUGACAGCAUGCUGACUUUACUGACUGAGAUGCUACCUACAGACUUGUUUUUCCAAGAGGCUUGGAACCUUCCUAAUAUCUGGGCUCAGCUGCACGAAGAAAACAAAACCUUCUGGAGAGCGGAAAAGUGUGUUUUCAAAAUAUGUCAGUAGCUUAAACGAUACCACUUACUGGACAGGUCCAUGGCCUGCCUUGUUCAUUACAGAGUUGCUGUAAUUUGAGAUGUCUCUCUAAUGGAAGUUACCAGGAUUAAAGAUCUUGAUGACUUACUUGGAUAGUUAAAGAAAAAUUACAGUCAAAGUAAGAUAUUAUAGGUUUAGGAGAAGCAUGUGUAUUGAAUGACUUUACAUUAGGUGAUACUGUUAAGUUUUACCUCUAAGAUAUCAGCUCUAUAGGCAAUCACAGUCAUGUAAACAAGAUUCAGAUAUAUAGUCCAGAGUAGGACUGCUAUAUGGUACAUGUUUUCCAUCAAGUGUUUGUGUACCAGUUACGGGGAGUAAGUUUACAACAAUGUGUGUUACUAGCUUUGCUUUUAGGAAGCCUAAUUACAUGAAGAAGCAGUAAUUAGUUUGGUCUCCUUGUCUGAACAGGGUGCAUAGAUCUGAACCUCAAAUACCAAGGUAGACUUCUAAUCACGUCUAUGUUUGUUGGUAUUUGAGAAGAGAAUAGAAGUUAGAGACAAGAAAGUAGUAAUCGGACACUGACAUCUUGCAAGCACAAGAAUAACUUUAAUCAGAGUUGAUACUCCUAGCCCUGUUUUACAUUACUGUCACUUGCUCUGCUGUUGCUUAAAGAGCUACUUGUCCUCAAGUGACUAAUCCUAUCAGUCUUCACUGUUGUCUGUCAGCUUAGUUAUGUGCUAGAUCUGGCAAAGUGUUCAACUCGAAGUAAUAACAUUAAUGUUAUUAAUCAAGUCAACCUUUUUAAUAAUUCGUGCUCUUGAACAUGGCUUCAUUUGGUUUUCAGCAUUGCAGAGCUGUACAUCAGGUUGCUUAUUGUACUGAAAUGUCUGAAAUGCAUCAGAGGUCGUUGAAAAUAAUAAGUAUUUGGCUAGAUUAUGUAAUUUCUGUGAAUUAUCUAUGCAACUUUUUCAUGUCCUGUCACUAAACCUACCUGAUCUUUGUCUAUCACUGGAUGAAUUAACAAUAGCAAACAUUGUAGCCAACAUUUUUUAUUAUAGGUUAAUGGCUCUCAUUAUGUAACUCCGAAGCAUAUCAAGUGCCUGCUUCAGGAAGCUUAGUUUUGGUGGAGACAAUAAAUACACAUGACAACAGAAAAGAUCACAAUUCUGAAAACAUGGUUUCGGGAGAUUUUAAAUCAACACGUGACUCUGCUGUUGUGUAGUUACUUCUCUGUCCUUUCUCUUAAGUGUACAGAAUAAAAUAUUCUGGUCUUUUGUACUAAGAUUUUUUUAUUAAUAAAGACAAUAUUUUGACUGA